GCUGAAAAGCUGAUAUGGAGGGGCAUCUAACCCCUACUUUCCAAGUAAACGUUUGAGAAGUAUCGAUAUCCACCUUAUUUUGUUCUAAAUUUAUGUGUCAUGUUCUUUCAGGAUGGAAUGCAUGUAUUGCGCUGGUCUGUGGCAAUUGUGUUGUCUGGAAAGGUGCUCCAACAACACCUUUGGUUACCAUAGCAAUGACAAAAAUUGUGGCUAGUGUAUUGGAGAAAAACAAUUUACCUGGUUCAAUUUUUACUGCCUUAUGCGGUGGAGCUGAAAUUGGUGAAGCAAUAGCAAAGGACACACGAAUUCCUCUAGUCUCGUUCACUAGGAGCUCAAAGGUUGGUCUUGUAGUUCAGCAAACAGUAAGUCAGAGAUUUGGAAAAUGUCUACUAGAACUAAGUGGAAACAAUGCCAUCAUAGUAAUGGAUGAUGCGGACAUUGAACUUGCUGUUUGUUCUGUUUUAUUUGCUGCUGUUGGUACGGCUGGUCAGCGCUGUACAACAUGCCGAAGACUGCUUGUUCAUGAAACAGUAUAUGAGAAGGUUCUUGAACCACUGGUGGAGGUGUACAAGCAAGUUAAGAUAGGGGAUCCUUUAGAAAACGGUACCUUACUUGGGCCAGUGCAUACUCGUACUUCUAGGGAAAACUUCGAGAAGGGAAUACAAAAUAUCAAGUCCCAGGGUGGAAAGAUCCUUACAGGUGGUUCAGUCAUAGAAUCUGAGGGUAACUUUGUGCAUCCAACAAUCGUUGAAAUUUCUCCAAAACCUAAAAUUGUGAAGGAAGAAUUGUUUGGUCCAGUUCUUUAUGUAAUGAAGUUUAAGACUUUCGAAGAAGCAGUUGAAGUUAACAACUCUGUCCCUCAAGAAUCAAUAUCAACAUUCAAAGGCGGAGUUUCUUCGGACUCAGCCAAUGGAGGAAAGGUGGCUUGAGAGUGUUGGUGGUCCCAAUAGUUUAAUGUUUUGUGGAUGUUUGCAAAGGUUGUGAAGUAGUUUAAUGUUGUGUAGAUGUUUGCGAAUGUUGAAGUAGCUUAAUGUCUCUUCGGAAUGUUUGAAUGACGUUUUGAUUCAACUUUGAAGUAGUUUCGAAUUGAAUUUGACGUAUUGUUGGUUGUAA